CAUGAAGUAGUAACCUCAACGUGUUUGUCAUGCCGGAUGUUACAGUUUGGUGGAUUCAUCGUAACGAUUGAAAAAAUCGUCCACUAAAUUGGGUUCUACCUCCUUUCUAGGUUUGGAUUUUCGUAGUGUUUUGAUCCAGAAUCGUUAGCGUCAUGGAAGGUGGUUUAGGGUUAGAUAUGGACGCAGCUAGAUAUGAAAACAACGUGAGUAUAGUCAGCUGGUAUUGUUCUAAUCGAUCCCACGUGUGCAUGUCGUAGAAGACACGGAGUGCAAGGUUCUAACUUUGUUUUUGUUGUGAUGUAAAAUAUGUGCUAUAAUAGGCAUCUUUUAAUUGUUGAAUGAUCUAUCCUUGCCCCACAAUACCUACCUCCCGCUGGGGCCAGUGUCUAUGUAUAAACAGUGGCCUCUCAGCUGUAUCCUCCAGGCAUGUCUAGUUGUUCUUUUGGGACAGGUUCAACUGUAUUACGUACCGGUAAGUAAAGGAAUGUUCAACAAAAAAUAAUGGACAAAAGUGCUUUCUUGUGGUUUGAGUUCCUCUGCAAACGUUUUGGGCCUGGCCCUUCAUCAGUGGAGUCACAAGUACGUUGGAAACAGUGAAAGGUUUGCAUACGCCAUGAAAGAAAAAAAAAAACACUCAAAAAAACUUUGUAGUGUGCGUGUAUGCUCUUGUAGGUGGGUCGAGAGUGGGAUGCUUGUUGAGGAAAUAAGAUAAUGCUUCAAGGCCACUGUUAUUGGGUAACAGUAUAUAUUGUUUUUAUGUCCAUAGUGUAGAGGAAGUGUUUGCCAGUCAUUGUGUUGUCAAAAUGGAAAUCAUUGGUUUACAUAGGUGCUAAGGUUGUGCAUAAGGGGACACAUAAUCUGAUCCAAGUAGAAAGCUAUGUUUUCGGUGGGACGACAACAUGCGGAAAUAAUUAUUUGGUCUACCAGGGUUGCCUGCUUUAUGGAUCGUAGGAAGCAGAUACAUGUAGAAUCGUGAUGGUGCUGAUGGUGGACGCUGGUUGUCUGUAAUCAUUUCAAAUAUUGUUGAUUUAACCAUGUUCUGACUUUCCUUAAGAGGAUCAUGAUCCAAAUGCUCGCAGAAUCUGCCAUCGGACAGUUGAGGAUUUGCUUCAGCAAUGUAUAGAAGGUGUGACCAUACCACGACCGCACCACCUUUAUCCACCGGCUUGACCACCAUGUCUCCGCAUUUUGAAAUUCGUCUUAAGGCUUCCUUUUUGGCGAUUGACAGGUUGUAAUGUUGUGCUCGAGCCUUGAAAUCCACUAGCGGCAGUGGUCAUUGUAAUGAUCUAGAGCAGAAAAGUGGCUGUCAGGUGGUGACCAUGUCAAGUGUAUUACACUUUUCAAGAUCUUAAUUUGAAUGUAGUUAAAGUGAUGUAAUAUGUUUUUUUGCAGGCAGAAGUGGAAAUGAUUUGGGCAAUGAAAGCACAACAUCAAGCUGAAACAUACUUCAAGGUAGUUGGUUUAAAACAUCAUAUUUAUUGUAUUAUUGUAUUAAAGUUGGCAAUAUGGGUCACAAAUUUGUGCAACUACUGGGGUUGCACAGCAUUUGUGUUACAGUAAAAGAUUAUUGCUUGUUCAUGUAUUCAACAAAUAGAUUCCGUCUUGGUGUGUGUCUGUUCAGUAAUAGGUCACAGAUGAUGCCAAGAUCAUAAAAGUGACAUGGAAGGCACAGGUCUCUUUGUGAUCUAUUACUGAACAGAUAUACGGUCACAAAAUCUACAAUCGAACCCCACUUAAUACGGACACCUUGUCAUUAUGAACAGUUUUCUUUGUCUGUGAGGAAAGCCCUUACAUUUUUUCUAAGUUCAACCUGCUUUAUACGGACACCCAUUAAUGUGGACAAUGGAGACUACUUUCUUGCCCGAUCAGCAGAUUCAUAGAACAUCAACCUUGAUAAUGCAGACACUUCAUUAUCAACUGUGUGCUGUGAUGGACCUUUCUUUUUCGAAGGUAAAAAAGGACCUCCAUUUGACAGCAUGUGGAUGUUUCCAGCACUACAGUAGACCGGAUAGGGUGAAUUGUAGACGUCAAUUUCAGACAAUUAUGGUGUGAAAAGAGUCAUACAGAGAAUGGUUUUGAUUAAGUAGUAUAAGAAUGAGUGAUUUUUUAGUGUUUCUGUGGAAUAAGUCCAUGGGAGGAUGGCUUUGUGAUGGUUAGAGACGUUUAAAUUGACGAUGCUAAUGUUCUGUUUUAUUUCUUUGGAAUUUUGUUAUAAUAAAAGGUUUCUUUUUGACCUAAAUAACAUGACCUGCUUAAUACAGACACCCUGUUAAUUCAAACACUUUCUAUGGCCCCUUCAUUCUCUGUAUUUAUAGGGUAUUGACUGUGUUUGUUUUAUUCAAUGCAUUCUCGGAGACCCAGGGGCAGUUAGUGGGGACGAGGGAAAGUCUAAAUGGACAGAAAAAUUUCUCGCCGUUCUUUACUUUUCUUCGUUCCAUAUAUAUUUUCUGCCCGUUUAGACUUUCUCUCGCCCCCACUAUCUGCCCCUGGGUCUCCGAGGAUGUAUUCAAAGAACAGGAAACAAAAACAAAAAACUUUCCUCAUAGUAUGAUGUGUAGGAAUUAGGACAUUUUCCAAGUCACCAACAACAGACAUAAAUACCUUUGCAACAAUCUCAGUACGACAGUAAAUGAAUCGCCUGUGGCUUGAUUGUUGGCUCCAAUUCUUGUUAUGUUACAGUUUGCCCUGAUCUGUUGUCUACAGCUUAACUGUAAGACACUCAGCUGGGGUGGAUCCAGAAUUUAGUGGAGGGGGGUUCAGAUAAAAUUGUCCACCACUCUAAGGGGUUCAUGUGCAUGCCACCCCAGAAAAUUGGGAAAUUUAGGUCCUCAGAAAGGUGAUUUCCAGUGUUUUAAAGGAUCGUUGUGGGUUCUUUCAUGCCUUUGAAAAAACCACUGUUUUUAGCUAUCUUAAACAUGGACUUCUCUAAAAAAUUUCCACAAAUUGAGACCAAUAUCAAAAAUACAUCUGAAAUAACGGAUAUAAAUUUGUUUCGACAACAUUGGCUGUGUGCACUAAAAUAUCACUCUUGAGUUCCUCAAAAAUGGGAUCGACAGGGCAUCUAAAACAAGGAAAAGACUCGCCUCCAUCAAUGUUACUUUUUUUCCUUUUCAUCAUGGUAGUCUUUUUUUCAAAAGUUGACAUAUUAUAGUGUUUGUUAGCGAUGUAUCAAAAUGUCUUUUGUCAGAAACUGCUUGUGUUUAAACCCUUUCAUUUCAGUUCAGGGGAUUUGAAUGAGCCUCCUGAACCACCCCUGGAUCCACCCCAGAUACAGUACAACAGUCAUGUCCAAUACUGCCGCAUUGUUGCGGACAGUUACUUGUGCAGUUGACAGACCAUACACUCUGUGCAAAUCAUUAUUAUUGUUAACGUUCAGUAUACUGAGCUCCUAAGGACUGUGCCUCUCCUUAUUGCAUCAGAACACAGCAUGGAAUCUGUUAAUAAUGUACGUGUGUUUUUAUUAACGUUUUAUCUCUGCAGCUUAUUUCAGCAAUGGAUGCAUCAAGACUUCGCCUCACAAAGUAAGUGCAAUGCAUUAGUGACUAGUUCUGCAUUCAGAUGUGCCUUUAAAGAACUCUUUUUUUAAAUUUAUUUUACAAAAUUAUUUUCAUCAGUCAAGUCAACCGUCACAGUGUUUGCAGCACGUAUAGUUAUCAUAAAGAAGCUAGGCUUCCCAAUCACAUCAAAGAACUGGAAGCGUUUUUUCCUCUGAUUGUGUCAAAUACUUACUCUUUCCUUAUUCCUGUAGGUAUGAUGAUGAUAUAUACAGGCAGUUCAAACGUUAUUUCAAGACCUUAAAGGUAAAUAUUAGGUAUUUUACAACUUUCCCUAAGAAAAAAGUGAAAACUGUUAAAAAAAGAAGCCUUCAGUAGUAAGGCUUCAAUGAAACCAAACAAAGAAAAAUCAUGGAUAAUUUAAACAAAAUUUACAACUCUCAUUCAGCUCAUGAUUAAAUCAAUGAUCAAAAUUAACGCUUGAUCAGCAGCCGCAGAUAAAAUUUUGACAGAUGACUGGCCGUUUAUCCUACAAAAGACCACCAUCAUCAUCAUCGUGUUUUCUUUGCCACAUCUUUGUAUUCAAAUUCAAAUUUAAGUCUAGGGCAAAUGCAAAUUCAAAUGUUGCAUCCUCUUUCAAGGAUGUGUCACACCUCCAGUUAACUCAUUACUUAAGUAAAAAAACACAGCUUCUCCUUGAACAGUGACAGGUGAUUUAUAUUUCUGUUUCGUUUACAGGUGGAUGUCAUCAGAGUUGAAGACUUUAAAUCAGAAGAUGCUAAGCUGGUCGGUAAACUAAACAAUAUGAAUGUUCAUUGUAUGUAGGAUAUUGGUUCCAUACAAUUUCUCAAGAAAGACGGAACAAAACACCCACAAACGGGAUUGCAUAUAUCAAACCAUAGGUACCCCAAGCUCACAAGUGAGAAUCAUUGUUGCAUAACAAAAAUAUUAUUUACAAGGGUUUAUAUGGGGAUUUUAGCAAUCAUUAUUUAAACCUCUAAAUAAUGAACUCUUAAAUUCUCUUAUUGAGGCUUGUAAUAUUUUUCGAGAGAACAACAGCAGAACUAAAACUUGCUGGAAUCGCUCUGAAUUGGCCAAAUAUGCUAAGACCACACCAUAAAUUUAAACGAGGAGAUUAGCUAAAAAAUUCUGAUGGCUUUUUUAUUACUUUUCUUGACCUCAAAAUAAUGAUUGCUUAAAUCCCCAUCCAAACCCUUGUAAUAUUUCUGUUACACAGCAACUAUUCUCACUUACAGCCUUGGGGUACCUGUGAUCAAACUACGUGAAGUAACUGUCAUGUCUGAGGUUCAACAGGUAACCAUCUAGACCCUUCAUCUCGCAAUAUUUUUAAGGCACAACCUGUUCAGCAAAAGUGAAAGGCACACUGGGACUCACAGCUGGUGGGUUAAGCUAUGCAGGCUACCAGGUCUUUGCUUCGUGGUUAAACACGACUUUAUUUGAUUCCUUAGUUGUGACUCAGUUGCGACUGGUGCUUCUGUUACUCAACACUUCCUCUACUUUCAAGCAAGAUUUACACUAAGUUUUACAGGAAAUUGCAAAAAUGUUUGCGCAUGUUCCAAAGAUGAGUUAGGUGUGAUUCAGUAGGGUAACAGCUGUGAUCUUCAGCUCUGUCAUCUUUCCAGAAUCAAGCAUGCCAAUAGAACUGCUCACAAAAAUACCAACUAUAGCCAGUCAAACCUACUUCAGAGCUAGUUAAACCCAAACAGACACAUGUUCUCAGGUUUAGGCACGGUUUGUAGGAAGUUACACAAAAAUGGCCACUUCUUCAAAACCUGUAUCAACCCCUAUCCUCCGAGAACAACAGGAAAAAGAAAUCUAUGGGCAACUGGUCAAUCUGAGUGCAAGUGGCUACCAAAAACACAUUUACUGAUACUAGGUUUUUAUCAAACUGAAUAACUAUUAGGUCCAUAACAAUUAACGCACUAAUAAAUAUAAAAAACACUACUAUUCUGUAUCUCUUCAGAAAUGGAGACCAUUUUGUAACAUGUAUGAAGGGAAGGUAGAAGACUUCAAUUUUGGAACCCUUCUCAGGUGAGUAAAUCUUCUAUCCAACCAAGAGAAACGUAUCCCAUCUAGCAGCUCCUUACACCAAGGCUAGAUGCGAGCAGCCAAAAUCUAAGACAAGAUCUAAUCUUUCUUAGUAAAGUCCAACUAGUGGUCUAUUAUCAAUGCUGCAUUCUGAUUGGUUGAGCUACUACUAGGCUAUAUGUAAUAGCCCACUAGUAGCAAAAAGCGCGUGCUUUUUGGCGGCAGAAAAGGAUUAAAGUCUAGCUUUAACUAGCUAAAAUGUUUUUAUUCUCGAUAUUUUUGACCAACUAGUUGGAAAGCAAUUAUUCCUCUCAGCCUCAUGGCCUCUGAGUCAAUAGCCAUUCGGCCUUCGGCCUCAUGGGCUAUUGACUCAGAGCCCAUUCGGGCUCGAAGAAAAAUUUUUAAGAAUUGGGCUUUUCACGACUAUUUCAACUUUUAACGUGGGCCAGUUAGCGGAAAUGCAUUGACGCUGCUGGAAAGAACACCAUUUGGUCACUAAGGUCCAGUUCAGACGCCGAACUUUUCAUGAGCCGAACCUAAUUCGAAUUAAGGCCGACCCAAAUUAUAUAGACCGACUGAAUUGAUUCAGAAGUCGAUCUUAAUUGGAGGUGAACUAAGUUCAAAAGGCGAAAAAUGCUCAUUUCGGUCAAACUGCUUACAAAAUACGUUAUAAUAAUUUAUGCAUUAGGUUCGGUACAUGAAAAGUUCGGCGUCUGAAUCAAAGCCGUUCCAAAGUCGCUCCAAAGGCGAAAUUCCUGGCCAGGCCAGGCGAAAAGAACGGCUGAGCAGUUCCAAAUUGAAACAGGCGUUCCUAAUUGAUUCAGACGCCGAACUUUUCAUGUACUUAAUUCAAUGUAUUAGGUUCGGCUCAUGAAAAGUUCGGCGUCUGAACCGGGCCUAAAGUUGCCUAGUUUGGAAGUGAUUUGUUGAAAGCUACUGAAGAUGUAGCUCAGCAAUGUCGUGAAAUUUUGCAAAGGGAUGUAAAAUAAUUACACGACUUUCAAGAGCUAUAUCUUAGCUUGCUUUGGACGCAUCACUUUCAAUCAUGGCAAGUUUUAUGCCUUCUUUCUUGACUUGAAAACAGCAUAUUCACUUAUGAUACUCUGCACUGGUUUUUUAACUUCUCUUUUUAGAAUAAGUGUCUCGGUUUAUUUUAAUAGUAGCAGAAGAUAUUUUUUUGCACAAAUCUACUUUCUGCACGAAGGAUUCAAGCGCCCUGUUCUUGGGUCGAGAGCCACCUUAGUAAUAGUAAUAUUAGCUUCCCUGAUGUCUUCCUCUUCUUGAUUUCGGUAUUUCUUUUCAGAAUUGAUUGUAAUAAAGGCUAUGAUGAAGAAAAUACCAUCUUAGGUGAGUAAUGAUCUUUUAAUUAGCCGUCUUAAGGUUGCGUGUGAUUUGGGUUGGUAGUGUGUAGGAUGGGACUGGUUUGGGGGACGAUUUUUAACCCAGUUUUCCCCUGCAAGCGUUUGCGUCACCGAAAAACCCCUAAGGAGCAAUUCGAUACAAAACUGACCCAGUCUUACGCAAAACCACAAAAUGGCUGAUACUUACAAGUUUAGAUUUAAGUCGAAAACAUGCUAGUGGACAACGACUGAAGAGCACUACUGCCCUCCCAAUCCCAAGAUUGCCAAGUGACUCAAAGAAAAAUUGCAAAUUUCAUUCUUAACAAAUACUGAUUACAAACAGUACCAGCUGAAAGUACUGCCAAAGGUUUCAUUUGAAUGGAAAUACGACAAGGUUUUGUCUAUAGACUAUCAAACGAUAGAACUAUUAAUACUACUCAAUCAAUUGCACCAUUAGCUUGAGAAAACAGCUGACAUUUAGCGACGCCACCUGUGGUUUCCUCGCAAAAUGACGUCCGAGGAACGAUACUCAGACCUGUUAGUGCUUCUGAUUGGUUGAAAAUUUGCUUCUUCCAAUCAGAAGCGCUACCCAGAUCUUUGAAGGGACACGUCAUCAGUAUGGAAUUUCGUGGCUCGUUUCUCAGACGUCAUUUCGCGGGAAACUAGAGGUGUCGUCGAUGAUGUCGGCUGUUUCCUCAACCUAAUUGCACCAUGUGAAUGGCCUUUCAAAGAGGUUUUAUUUCAAUGGUGACACCACAGGGUAUUGUGCACAGCUCUAACAUCAGAAUUUCUUGUCUCUGUGAUUAUAUACGGAAGUGAAAGGGUACGAUAUUAAUUUCUUCUAACCUUUUAAUUUGUAGUUACAAGGAUCCAGUUCUACGCAGUCGAGAUCGCCCGCAACAGACGAGGACUGAACAAGCAUUUAUCGGAAAAGCCCGCUAGUACCGAGGCCCUUGCCGAGGAAAGAUAGCAUGAAAACUCCACUUGAAAGGACCAAUAGAUCUCACGUAUUGGCCAACCCACCGACAGUGAAAUGGUCACAACGUAACUAAAUAAUUUUAAACGUCGAAGUACAUGUAUUGUAAAAAGAGAACAGACUGUCAUAAUAUGGAGCAUUUUUUUCGUUGUGGUCCCGAUAGCCUGUGUACAGCUGCCCCCUCCCCCCUCCCCUAAAAAGAAAUCGGGGAGAGAAGGGAAACCACCCAUUUCUCCGAGUUUUUGAGGGGAGGCGGUAGCUGUGCCCAGGCUAUAGUCCUGGAGAUAUCAGUUAAAGGUUAGCGUUAGAUAACAUCGAGUGAAGCCAGAUUGGACACCUUGUGAAUUUUACACAAUGCAUUAUUUCCAUAAUGGCACGAGACUGGAAUGUAGAAUGAGGCUAGAAUAGCUGAAGAAACCAAAACUACAGAGCGCCAGUUAUAGAGAGAACACAGUAGAGAGUUAAGUACUGAUCUGCAGUGAUUAGGGUUAAGCACUGAACUGAAAACGGUUAGCUUUCAAAUAUUGUAAUGGGGUGCGGCAUAUAUAAGAACAUGUAUAUUUUAAAAAUUAUUGGAUUUGGCAGCUAGUCCUCGAUGUGUAGUGGAUAUGGAUGUAGGCUAUAAAGCAGGUGACCCGAGUUCAAAGCAUGACAGUGGAUUUUUUCUAUUUCAUUUUAUAUUACACAGUAAAGUUGGACUUAAGUCGUUCUUCAUGUAAUUUUACUCAAAGAAACAAUCUGACUUCAGCCGAUGUUACCUAAUGCUAACCUCAGUUAAAAUGGCUAUUGUAACAUGUACUUUGUUUUAAGAGUUCCUUCAAAUAAUGGAACUGAAUUUGAACAUGUCAAGGAUAAAGUUAGAGUGUGAGUAAAGUGUAUAAAAUGUUGUGGUGUGUGCAAUAUUAAGGUAUCAUUUGCUGGCUUAUAUUUUGCGUGCUUUGUGUUUGUCACAUCAGCGUCUGUAAACUUUCUAUAACUUGCGAGCGUGUUUGGGAAUUGAAUAGACUGCAAAACAGUCG